AUGGACGGUCAGUCCAGGACCGCAGCUCGUCCUGCGAGUGGUCUCCCGCGCCCGACUUCGAGACUACCUCUGCCGAUCUCAACAGCAUCAAGAACUCUCCGGCCAUCACCAUCUCGAGACCGGCUGCAGGCGGAUCCUGGUUUGGACCAUAGCCGGCUGCGAAGACCGUCACGCGAAUCCCUUCUCAAGAAGCCCGCUCCACGCUAUUCAACCCCGACGAAAGUCAUCCGCGAAGACCUGCUCACGCAAGUUGAGCUCGAAAGACAAGUGAGCAAAAUAAAAAUCUCAGACGACGUGACUACCGGGGAGGAAGAAGAUGACGACGAAGCCCGUGGUCGUUCUCUGUCGGAUCGGACAAUCGAGACACUUUCGAGUAUUCCUCCCUCACCGGCUUCCAUGAGACAGUCAAGCUUCUUCAAUGGCACCAGUCCAAUUCGUUCUCCGUCAAGGACACCAUCAAAUGUGUCCUCUUAUUCGCGAUCGCCGUCACAGUCAUCCUCUGGACGGACCGGCGACGUCUUAGCCCAGCCUGUCCCCAAACUUCGCUUUCCAUCCCAAUCUCACAUGUCGGCAGCAUCUGCUUCGUCUUUGCCGACGAACCACAUUUCGGAUACUAGUGAACCCCGCACGAGACUCAAGUUGCCGUCGUCGAGACAAAGUAUUGCGGUUGUAACUGGUGGCUUCGACAACAGUGUUACGCCGAAAAAGACGAUCCCGGGCAGAACAAGCAUGCUCAAAGCGCCCACUCAAGCUUCGCCCGCUCGUUCUUUCCCAGGGAAAAUGUUGUCAAAACCCACGCUGUCAGACAUGGGACCUCCAGAGCGACCACUCCAAGUACACAAGACGAGAAAACCUCGGACAGACUCACCAUCAGCAGCAAGAUCUCCCUCAGCAGCUCCACGAAGCUCCUCACGAUAUGUAUCGGCUGCAUCCAUACAGGUUGAACUUACCCCAGAACAACAAGCGGAAAGUGAAACGAGGAAAGUUUCCAAGUCAUCGAACGCUCUUCGCGACACCAUUGCCAAGGCAAAGGCUGCGCGAAAGGCAGCGGUCUCGAAAGAAAAGUCAGAGGCAGCACCUCAUAAGAUGGCUGUUGCACCGUUGGACAGUAUCGAUACCGAAGAUCCCUUCAAUCAGUUUUCCGAUGGCUCAGACACUUCUGUGCUUAAGAAACGCGUGGAGAGCGCACGGAAAUCGGGUAUUUUGAAUAUUGCAGCUCUUUCUUUGAAGGAAAUCCCGAGAGAGGUGAUCGAUAUGUAUGUAUUCGAUCCCGAUGCAGAAAAUUGGUUUGAAAACGUAGAUCUGGUCAAAUUCAUCGCUGCGGACAACGAGCUACAAGAGGUGGCGGAUGCCACUUUCCCUGACAUCGAUCUGAUGGACCUCGAUCCGGAGAGCGAGGAGCGGGGCCCUCAAUUUGGUGCUCUGGAAUCCCUGGACCUUCAUGGAAACCUGCUAAAGUCUAUCCCAAUGGGAAUUCGACGACUACACCAGCUUCGCUUCUUGAACCUGUCCAACAAUGCCAUGAGUAUGGACAAGCUUCACGUCAUUUUGGAGAUACCAUCUCUCACGGAUCUAAAGUUGGCCAAUAACCAACUAAGUGGACCUUUCUUCUCGGAAAUUGGCCGUCUCAGCCAGCUGGAGUCUCUUGAUCUGCGUGGCAAUGGGAUCACAUCGCUGCCUGAUGGGUUAAAAGAAUUGACAAGUCUCAAAACGUUGGACGUAGGUGGGAAUCAGCUGACAGCUUUGCCUUUUGAAGCAUUGAGCAAACUCCCGCUGCGAACCCUUAAUGCUCCCAAAAAUUCGCUCCAGGGGACACUGAUACCGGAGUCUGUGGAUCGCCUGGAGACUCUGCAGUCUCUCAAUAUUGCUGGUAACUCUGUGGAAUUAUUAGCAGCCAACGGGGCGCUUGUCAUGCCCAGCCUCCAGAACCUUUACAUGGGCGUGAAUCGCAUGAAACAUCUACCCUGCGUCUCUUCAUGGCAAUCACUUUUGAUCUUGUCAGCAGAAGACAAUCGUAUUACUCAGCUCCCGGAAGGACUCGUGAAACUCCAGAGCCUCAAGAGCGUUGACUUUACCGCAAACAAUCUGGUUCAAUUAGAUGAGAAGAUCGGGCUCAUGGCAAGCCUUUCAUCGUUCAAGGUCGGUAACAAUCCACUUCGUGACCGCAAGCUCUUGAGCAUGGGACCGGAAGAAAUCAUACAGCAUCUCCGAAACAAAUGCGAACCUGAACUGCAGGACACCGAUGACGAGGGCUCGGUUGCGACCCAGUUUACCCUCGCACCGGAAACCCCAGAAUGGGAAAAUGCCUGGAAGGUCAAGCCUGGAGGUAUCAUCGAUAGAUCAUAUUCGGAACUUACAGAAUUGGAUACCGAGAAUUUGGAACUGAUCAGCACAGACGAUGUCCGCUGCCUUUAUCUGCAGCAUAACGCAUUGUCAUGCUUCCCCAUCUCGGCACUGGGGCUGCUCGCCCAGGGCUUGAUUGAUCUUGAUCUUUCUUAUAAUCCAUUGGACAGCUCUAAGCUCCUGUCUUCAUCGCUUGAGCUUCCAAGAUUACAAACUCUCAACUUGAGUGCCGCUGGUCUAACCACGCUGGACUCUCUUUUGACCAAUCUCCAAGCGCCGUUGCUCAACUUCCUCGACGUGGCCAACAACCGCCUGAAGGGAGCCUUGCCGCAUGUCCGUGAAACUUUCCCAGGUCUCAAGACAUUACUAGCCUCCGACAACAAACUUGAAAGCCUGGACUUCGAGGCAGUGCAGGGUCUUCAGGUUCUAGAUGUCAGCAACAACGAUAUUGACUAUUUACCACCUAAGAUUGGGCUUCUUGGUUCUGAGCACAACCCUAAAAAUUGGGGCAACGGAACGGCUUUGAGACGCUUUGAGGUUGCAGGCAACCGUUUCCGGGUUCCUAGAUGGCAGACUGUCGCCAAAGGGACCGAUGAAGUUCUUGACUUCUUGAUGAAGCAUAUUCGCGAGAAUGACCUGCCCGAGUGGGAGCGUGAAAAAGCUCAGGCUGAGGAAUACUAG